UUCAAGAGUGUACGAUGUUUUGUUUAUACUUCGAAAAACGUUAUACACAUUUAUACUAUUUAGUUUUCAUGUAGUUUUAUUAAGGAACUCUUGCUGUGUUUUUCUGGCAUCGUUUUAACAGUGAAUAGUGGAAAAUGGAUCCCGAAAGGCGAGCCAUGGAAGAUGACUCUCUCCAGGAAUGUGAACGAAGGUUUCGGGAAAUUUGUAUGAAAGUUAUCAACAAAAACCAUGCAAAAUCACCAAGAAAAAAACUUUUCGGUAAUACUGGACCUUUGCAAAAAAUUGCUCUUAGACCGUCUAUGAUUGACCGGGCUUGCCUAAAGAAAGCAGUCUUUAGUAGCACACCUAUGCCGCAUAAUAAACAACAGCCAUUCACUCCGGAUAGCUCAGGUUCCGUAUCCCCAAUUAGUGAUUGUGCGAAAGAAAAUGAAUCAAAAAAUUCCCAACCAAUAGUGGAAGUAAAUCGUUUGAAUUUCUCUGAAGGGCAGAAUAAAUCUGUUAUAUCAAUAUCUUCGAACAAUGUGUCUCAGGAGAAAGAAGGAAGUAGAAGUAUGUCGGUUAAAAAGAAUGCCAACGACUCGAUUGUGAAAACAAAAUCGAUGAAUGUGAGUGCAAGUGAUGGCAAACGAGAAAAGUUAAACAAUAUCGUUUCUAAGUUGAUUCUAAACAAAUCGGUUGACAGUGUGCCUGCCACCACUAAUAAACUCAUUCAAACCUCGGACAAUAGUAGAAUGCACGUGCAGAAACCUGCAAUAUCCAAUCAGCUUUCUAAGGCUCUUCUCAGGACAAAACCCAACACCCAAGUGAGGGAAACUCAGACUGGUACCUCCCUGUGUGGUUCUGUUCGUAGAAGAAGCUCGAGCCUGUCUGAUAUGUCUGAUAAUCCAAUCAGCGUUUGUGAAACCAGUAGAAUUUUGGCACUCAAUCUAGUUGUGAAUAAAAGUGAUGAAAGUUCUUCCGAUCACGAUGUUACGCCGGAUGCGGGUGUGCCUUGGCGAGUACCGAGUGGUUUACAAGAUCAUAUACCUCCGGUUCCAAAUGAGGACAGAUUUCCCAAUUUCUUGGAAGAAACCUUGGAUGAUGACACUUUCUUACCCAAGCCACCGAAAAAGAAAAAAGUAUUUGUUAAUAAGAAAAAGAAGGCUCAAAAUAGUGAAAAAAAAAAGGUAAAAGGCAGGUGUUCCUCCGUGAGAAAGAAGACUCAAAAGGUGAAUUUAGACGACGAAAGAACAAAUGUUGAGGAAUUAUUGAAGAAAGAAAGUGCGCAGUCUGUUGCAUGUACAAGUUUAGAGCCAACAGUAUUGUCGACCAAAAAGAAACGUCGUAAUAAGAUACGAAGUACAAAUCUGUUUCUCCACAAUGGAACAUUAGAGGGUGACAACGAGUUAUUAACUGCGGAUUCUCCCGUUUUUAUCCCAGUUGUAAACAACAAACUGAGUUGUCUAGAGCAAGACAAAGCGAAAAAUUCUGUCAAGGAAGAUAAUAACAAUCAAACUUUCAGUCGGGUUCAAGACCAUUCUAUCAAGAAACGACGAAGUGUAAAUAAAAAACGUGGUGCAGUUGCUUCCACGCAAACUGUUAAUUUUAAUGAAAACGAUGCAAACAGGACAAUAACAAGAAGUAUGUCAAAAACGCGAGAGCAGUCCCCACAAACGAAAGAGACUGCAGCGUCCAACAAUUCCGUUUUUGACAAAACUAAUUCUGAAGUUUCCAGAAGCGGAAGAGAAAAGUAUAAAAGUAAAAAUGUCAAGGCGGCGGAAAAAUCUGCAAAAACUAAUUCACAAAGUCAAUUUUCAACUGAUUUUGAUCCUCCAGAAAACCGCGAGACGACAAAAGAAACAAAAAACAGUUCAAAACGGAAAUUGGAUCAAACUAAGGAGAAAGGUCGUGCUGACGUUUUGAUUGGAGAUUCACGGACUUCAACAUCGAAGUCGGCGGUAGUCGAAAGAAGAACAUUGGAAGAGCAGAGCAGUGCAGAAAAUAUACAAGUGCAAACAGAUGUACCUGAUGUUUCACAAGACGUCUUGGAGGAAUUUAAUGCUUCGGUACCCGCGCAUCAAAACACUAUUGGUACGAGUUCUUCAAAAAAACGGAUAAACAAAAAAGAGGAUUCAAAAAUGAAUGUAAAUACUAAAAGUAAACGAAAAAUAAAAAAGAAAUCGAAAAAUUCUACUGACAUUCUUCAAGACUUGCAGUCGGCACCUCUCUCCCAUCUGUCGACAGAAGACAACAACGUGGAACCUGUAUUACCUGGAGAGAAUGGCGAUAUUCAAAAUUCCCUUAAUUCGAGUACUUUUCCGGAUCGUCUGGAGGAGAAAGGCGAAUAUUUAAAAAAGACAGUUAAUACAAGCAAAAAUCGAUCCGCAAAUCAGAGCAAUAUGAAAACCAAACAAAAUGCAAAAACAAAGAAAAAGGACACCAAGGUAUCAAACCCAGAACUGACGGCGGAGAGUUCUUAUCCAGAUAGUGGAAUUGGCACUAGUUCUUCGCAGUUGCAAACUUUUAAGAAACCCGCUCCAGUUAAAAAAAAGGCUCCUAAAGAAGCUGAAGUUAUUGAAGAACCCUUGAUUCGUAGAUCUACAAGACAGCGUCGACCAGCACCAGUAAAAACAGCAGGACAGAUUAUCUGUCGCAAUCAAAAAGAAUAUGAUCGAGAGAAUAAAUAUUUCACUGGCGUUCAAAAGAAAAACUAUUCAGUUAACAAAAAUUCAUCUUCACGAGUUUCAAAGAGUUCAACUCUACGAAAUUCAAAGAGUAACAGUUCAUCUUCAUCUAAUCGAGAAACUACCAGAGGACCCUCAUGUUUGCGAUCUACAAUUAACACGUGUUCUCCAAUCGCAGAAAUCGGCGAGAUAAAUUUCGAUGAGGAAAAUUUACAACCCGUCGCACAUCAGAGUUCAUCAAAAGCCACUCCACAAAGUCGCAAAAAUAAAAAUUACGUAUUGGGUGGAAAAGCGCAGAAAGUGCGGAACAAUACGAAAAAACGCAGAAGCAUCUUGCAGUCUGUAAAGAAAACAUUGGAAGAAAAUACACCAAGUGAACUGGUCGAUUUGGUGGAUAUUUGCGUGGGCGACAAGAUUCACUCAACUAAAUGGUCGGUAAAAAAUCCAAAAUUAAAAAAACUGAACGGUAUGUCCGGUGUAAGUGCAUGUGUAAUUAGCGAUUUUGCCAAUGGUUUACUGAAAAUAGACGGUGGGAAGAGUAAACCGAGGCAGGUGGCGAUGCAUCAUCAGCUGUCUUUUUGUGUAUUUGAAGGGCGCGCCCAAGUAGGAGUCCAAAACAAAAGUCAAAUACUUACCACACUUGAAAAUUUUGUUGUACCUGCAGGCUGUGAAUAUUUUAUUAAAAAUCUUGAUGACGAAAAACCUUUGAUGCUCUUUUUUACGAAAACUGUAAAAUCUAGUUAAGUGUUGUUACAAUUUUCAUAAGUUUACUAAACUUUUAUAUGAUAUACGAUAUUUUCACCUUGUUUGGUAUCUUGGUUAACUUUAUAUUGUUCUGAAAAAUAAACAAAAAAGAAAAAGUGCUAGGUAUCUAAUUUUUGAAGUUGGUAGUACUCAAAUGUUUGUUAUGUUUAUCAAUUUUAUUGUGCGACGUUGUAUUUUUACACAUUAGCAUCUAAAGUAAUGUAAAGUUUCAACCGGAAAUAAAUUGAACCUGAAGAAUUAUUGUCCUAACUAGCUAGUAGUCUCCCAAAAACGGGCGAAACUAAACGAAACACCAUAAAUUUGAAGCUUUGCGGAAGUUAAGUCUCACUGUAAUGGGAAAAUUACUACGUGCGAAUGUGAAGAGCGUAUACAAAAUGAGUUUACUAUAGUAAGAUAGCGUAGGUUAAUUCAGAUUUUAAGUUUUUUAUUUUAACGGUAUGGAAACAUUGACCUGUAUAUUAAUUUAUUACAAAAUAUAGAUGGUAACCACACGAUCUAUUCAAA